AAAUGGCGGAAAAGCGGCGUGCGGGACUCGCCGGUCCUCAAGGAAAAACGAAAAGCAGAAAAAUGGUCGAGAAGGUGCGGCUGGAGGAGACGUCCAGCGAGGACGAAGCGCCAGAAGAGGUGACGUUUGAGGACUCGAAGGCGGCCGCUGUACAGCGCAUGAAGGACGCGCUGGAAACAGCCAGGAGAGAGAAGGAGCUGCUGAAGGAGAGGCGGAGGAAGCGGCAGGCGCUCUUCCAGGAGCAGAAGAACAAACGGCUCCUCCCGGAUGACGUCUUGGACGAAAUCGACUCCAAAGUUUCCAGAAAGUCAAAAGCGUCUCCAAAGCGAGGCGGCAGAGGACUGAGGAGUGAGGAGGAGAUGUCCCCAGGGAUGGAGGAUAAUGAGGACUCUGGGCAUGAAAAAAGAGAGAAGAAGGUGCCAAAGAAAAGGACGUGCAGUGUAAAAAACUUAAAAGGAGGCCUUGUUAUGAGAGUGUGUGAUCAACCAAUGGUUGACUCCCAGCAACAGAAGGCCCGUGACUUCAUCCAGUCUUGCCUGUAUGGAAAAGGGACCAACCGGACCACAACAAAUCAGUUCUUUUCUUUGGAAAACAAGAGGUCCCAGAACAAGAGUGCAGCAGUGCAGUUUGUCAACAAGCAGUGGGGCAAAGGGAAGAAGGAGAAAGCAGAGAAGUUCAAAAAGCAGUGGAUGCACAAGCAGAAGGUGGUGGACAGCUGAAUUAGGGUGGAGGGACUGUGCUGGGCCACUUCCCAGUCCUGGAGCCUCAGCAGACACCAUUGGCCUUUUGCUUUACUGUGAGCUGAGACCAGUGCACUUUAGGCUGACUACAGUCCACAAGCCUUCCAGCUACCAGAGUGAAGAUGUUCAACUUUUUUUAUCUUUUAAAUAUAUACACACACUCUAAAGACAGAGCUAUGUGAAGAUGUGUGAGCCUCCCCAUAUGUUUCCCUAGCAGUCUUGUUACAAAGCCAAUAAUGCAUUUAAGUUUGCUGAGUCAGAUGGUGUGAAGAGCAGGUUUAUGCUAUUGCAGUAAUGACCUGCACACUCCUUACCUAGGGGGUGUUGGUAUUUUUAGGCUUCUGUUCCAGUUGAGUGUCACUGUAGGCACACUUACUGUGUAGAAUAAAGUUGGGAAAAAUUGCUUUUUCAUCUAUGUAAGCUUUGUUCGGAGAGCUGCACCAUUUCCUGCGGUUAUUAGUAUAUAAUCAGUGUGGGGGCCUAAUCAUGUACUGCACCUCACUACUGAAUAUUAAAGCUACUGCUGAGGGUAGAGUGGCUCUGUUCAGAACAAAAGCUCCACUUUUAAGGGAAUUUGAGAGUAAGGUGGUUAUUCUUAUGCAGAAAAUAAGUUGGCAUGGCAACUGAUGCCAAACAAGGGGCUUUAUCAAACUAGAUCUCAUUCACAUCACAUGCUAUUGCAUGUUUGGAAUUACAAAU